GAACAUCACCACCACCGAUCGAUUUUCUUGACUGGAGCUUGAGCUUGGUGUUGCUUCAGCCUCUGGGCUGAGACCAACGACAUUGAAGUGGUUGAUGAGCGCCGUUGCACAGACUCAAUCGUCUUGAAGGACUUGAUCUGCUCACAAUUGCCACCAAGGCUGACGACUCUCACCGCACCGAAUUUCCCAAGACAGCACUGACAGCAACAAGUCCAACUUUACGGACCCGUAGACUGCAUCAAAAACUCCUGCGCUCCCCAUUAUCAUCAUCAUCAUGUCCGAAAAGCGUCCCCGUCGCCCGUCUGACGACCCAGGCGCCGCCGGUCAAAUGAUCGUCAAGCGACAGAAUGUUGGAAGUAGCACUGCGCUUGCUCGAAGAGACGGCUCUGGGAGCGGUGCAUUGAUCCAGUCGGCACCACGCACAAGCAAUCUAGAUGCCCCUGUGAUGGAACUCACUGGUCACUCGGGAGAAGUGUUCGCCGCCAAAUUCGACCCAACCGGCAAUCUCAUAGCCUCAGGAUCCAUGGAUCGCAGCAUACUCUUAUGGAGAUCUCAUCACGACUGCGAAAACUAUGGUGUUUUGAACGGCCACAAGGGCGCGAUAUUGGACUUGCAAUGGUCGCGCGACUCGUCCAUACUGUUCUCUGCAUCAGCCGACAUGCACCUCGCCAGUUGGGAUUUGACCUCCGGCCAACGAAUCCGACGAUACAUUGGGCACGAGGAGGUCAUCAACGUUAUGGACAUCACGAAGCGCGGAGAAGAAAUGUUAUUCAGCGGUAGUGAUGAUGGCACAAUCGGCAUCUGGGAUCCGCGCACCAAAAACGCUGCGGACUAUAUCGAGACCGAGUUCCCUAUAACCGCGCUGGCAGUCUCAGAAGCUGGAAACGAGAUCUACUCAGGUGGCAUCGAUAAUGACAUCAAGGUCUGGGAUUUGCGGAAGAAGGCUGUCGUGUACUCCAUGCUUGGUCACAACGAUACUGUGACCAGCUUACGAGUCUCACCAGAUGCCCAGUCACUACUUUCAUAUUCGCACGACUCCACAGCCAAGACAUGGGAUAUUCGACCAUUCGCGCCAACCGAACGACACAUUCGCACAUUUGAUGGUGCGCAAGCAGGGUUGGAGAAGAACUUGAUGCGCGCCAGCUGGGACAAGACCGGACGACAAAUCGCUGCGCCUGCUGGGGACGGCACUGUCGUAAUCUGGUCGAGUGACAAUGGCAAGCUCUUGUACAAACUCCCGGGUCACAAGGGCACAGUCAACUGCGCAGAAUUUGCGCCACACGAAGAGCCAAUUAGUAAGCUGGUCAGACCUACUACCAUGGGUCUUUGUUCUAACACGACUCUAGUUCUUUCUGCUUCUUCGGAUCGCAGGAUAUUAUUAGGCGAGUUACGAUGAAGCCAUUGAUGAACAGUUCUCCAAAGUCAAGUGACUCUUCGGGCCUGCGGUGCUAUAGACGACUCUCUGGCGAAAGGUAGCUCCUACCCAUUGGGGAAUCCGAGCCCGUCAUACGUGGGACAGUUCCGAAGAAGCCACACAGAGUUCUAGCGUAUGACGCAAUUCAACCACGCACG